CAUGGUCAAUCGAGCACAGAUUUAAAUAAAAGAAACGGUUUGAAAACCAAACAGGACUCUCUUAUCGAUUCAGGUCCCUCGGUUGAGAGGAUAAAACAAUGGAACUGAAUCGUCUUAAUUUAAAACGCGUUAGUCUGUUGCUGCUUAUUCCUGUCUUGUUACAAGCAAAAGAACUGGGUCCACACAACACUAGGACAAACCACGUACUUAUUGCAAAUGCAACAAAGAAGAGUUCGGAUGUUCUGAUCAAUACUGGUGUUGUCUUAACAAAGAAACCAAAAUCUCUGAGUCCGUUGAUUGGACGAGGUAACAGGCGAAUUGAAGUUCAAAGGCCACUUCCAGAAGAUGGUACUGAUGAAACACGUGAAUACGAGGAAGAAUUAAACGAUACGUCAGCUCCUGCUACAGACAUAUUAAGUGAAGUAACGGGAAGAGAGAGAAAUAAGGAGGAGAUACUCGAUGCUGUGCGCCCAUACAAAUCUCAGGAUGACGACAAAUUUAUCAUCCAAGAUGGAAGGCGACCAGGUCAUUUUUUGGGAAAAGAGUUAAACAAGCUAAAGAACAAAGGUUUACUGGUCGGGGCUGAAGAUGACAAGCAAUCGGCAUACGGGCCAGAAGAGUCCAUUGCAGAAGCCGCUUCACGUAAAACCCUCGAGAUAUACAUCGCCGAGGAAAAAGCAGAUCAACAGAAGAGGCAUGAUGAAAACAGAAACAUCCAAUCUCCUCAGAAUGACAGCAUUGCCGUCGUUAAACAGGAGGAUAAGCCCAAAAAUACCAGUGGAACUGGAACUCUUCCUAACACCACCACCUUGGCCAACCCUACCAUGGCCACCAACAUCAUCACCAGUGUCACCCCCAGUAACAGGAGCAGCACUGGCAGCAAUGCAGUAUUUCAAGAAGCCCUGGUGGCUCAUAACAAACUCAGGGCGAUGCAUCACGUGUUCCCUCUUCAGUGGAAUGCUACCCUAGCUGAACAAGCCCAGCGCACAGCAGAAUCUGUAGCCAGCGACCCUUCCACCUUCCAAGGGGAGCCAGUCGGUGAGAACAUCGCUCAGAUUUGGCACGACCUACCGAGAGCGCCUCUGAAGGCGACAACGAUAUGGUACAGUGAAAAGAAGGCUUUCAGCUUCUCUUAUCCAGAGCUGAACGAUAAAGUGAAGCACUUCACGCAGAUGGUUUGGAAAGACACCACUCAAUUAGGAAUGGGUGCAGCACCAAGCCCAAGCGGCAAAUACGUCAUAGUUGUAGCAUUGUACAGACCCCUGGGAAAUGACAUUCAUCGCAUCAGGGACAAUGUCCAGAGGGCAGGACCGGUACAGGAUGUGUAUGCUACAAUAAAGGAAAAGAUUUCCAAACCAAAUGCGAAAAGGCACACAAUUACAACAGGAAAUGAAGGAAUUUAGGCUGACAACAAU